AUGCCCUCCGGCCACAAGGCUUUCCUUGUCAACAACACCCGCGAUGUCGAACUCCUCCUGAUGCACAACAAGACCUUCGCCGCAGAGAUCUCACACGCCGUUUCAUCGAGAAAGCGAAUUGACAUCAUCCAACGUGCGAAGGAGCUCGGUGUUAAGGUUACGAACCCCAAGGCCAGAGUUACGACCGAGGUUUAA